CGGGAAGUAUGGAUCAUCGUGCAGCCCUGGAAAUGGAUAAAAUCCACCCAAAUCGCCAGUCGAGCAUCACGGAUGAUGAAGAAGAACAAGAUGCUGCGUUUACCAUUGUCAGAGUCCUGGACAAGGUAGCCACCAUAGUAGACAGCGUGCAGGCCAGUCAAAAACGGAUUGAGCAGCGCCACAGAGAAAUGGAAGAUGCCAUCAAGACCAUUCAGAUUGACAUUCUAAAGCUGGCUCAGUCCCAUGGCAACACAGGAUACACAGUUAACAAGCUGUUGGAGAAAACGCGCAAAGUUAGUGCUCGGGUCAAAGAAGUGAGAGCCCGAGUAGAGAAGCAGAAUGUUAAUGUGCAGAAGGUGGAGACCAAACAGGAAGAAAUGCUGAGGAAAAACAAGUUUCGCGUUGUCAUUUACCAGGAAGACAUUCAGUGUCCAUCUUCUCUGACCGUUGUCAAAGACCGGACACAAGGGGAAAGCACAGAAGAUGCCUUCUGCCCACCUGAUGAUCUCUCUUCUGAUGAGGAGUAUUACAUAGAAGAAAGCCGAACAGCCCGUUUUAAGAAAUUGGGGAUGAGGCGCAUCAACAACAUCAAAAAGGCAUUUUCAAGAGAGAACCUUCAGAAAACAAGGCAGAAUUUUGGCAAUAAGGUGGAUAGGCUUCGUACUCGAAUAGUAACACCUGAGAGAAGGGAACGAAUAAGGCAAUCAGGAGAGAGGCUGAGACAGACUGGGGUACGGUUCAAGAAAAAUAUUGCCAAUGUAGCACCAAUUAAGGAGAAUUUGAAAAAGUAUAGAAAAACUAAAGAGCAACCAGGGGCUGAAGGCCAACAAGAAACCCAGGAAUCUGGCCCUGAAACAGCAACAGAAAGUAGGGAAGCUGAACCAGCCACUGAAGAAAUUUCCUACACUGAAGUGAUAACGAAAGUGAAGAAGGACAAAGGGGAUGGAUCAAAACACCUUUCUCAGGCAGAUGAAAAAGUAAUGAUUCCUCCUGAGAAGAACCUGAUCAAACCAGAGAUGAAAGAGGAUGCCCUUCUAUUGGAUCUAAAGCAGCCAGCUUAAAUGGCAAACAUCCGCUGGCGAGGUGGUGUCACUAUGGCAGGGAAAGAGCAAUUCCUUUCAUGUUGGAGGUGCAGACUGGUGGCUUUCAUACUGUCUGCAGAGACCUUGAAGUAUUGCAUGUUGCAGAAAGUUUGGGGCCCAGCCCAAGGUAUGGUUUCUAUUUGGACAUGCCAAAUUGGUCAGUUGGAUUUAUCUGCCAACCCACCAAACCAAGCAGCAUGUGUUAAGACAUUUUUUCCUACCAUGCGUUGUUCAAAUGUAUUUUUUUUUCUAAAACUCCCAUUAUCCCCAUUCUUACUAUGGCUUAUGGUUGUAGUAUUUUGUAGGGUGCCUGGUUGGAGAAAGUUGUUGUAGGACUCUUUCAGCAUUUCCCAAUAUUUUACAGGAAAGUCAGUAAUGACAGACUUUUGCUAUCCUACAUGGUAUCCUACAUAGUUUGCCGGAUGAUUGAUAAGCUCUUCUGGACAAUCUGCAAUCCCAAGUGAAAAUUGUAAUCUAUAUAUAUGCUUAGAUGUGCUUAAUCCAAGUUGUGCUUGGAUUAAAUUACAGAAGCGAAUAGAUCGAUAUGUAUGAACUCUUUUUCUUUACAUACAGUGGGUGCAUCUUUAUCACCUGAUGAUUCUCUGCUAAUAAUAAACAAUUUCCUUUUAACGUGUAUGCAAAUUGCCAUUUACCCUAACAGGUACUACAUUUCAACAUUAAAAGAUAGAAACACCCUCUCCCAGAUUUAAUGACAUUAAUUUCUCAGCAAGUUUCUUGUUUUGAUUUUUUAAUGUACAGUGAUAACUACAAAAAGUAAAUCUCAUUAUUUGACUUAUAAGAGAUAUCCAUCCGGCUGUUGCACAAAGUAGGUGAAUUGUGGGCAUGAACAAAUCCAUCAAUCAGGUAACCAUUAACUGUUUCUCCUCCUGCUUUUAUUCAUACUUUUGGAUACUUUUAUCCAAACAGAUUUCUCCCCCCACAACCCCUUUUAUCCAGAUAGGUUUGUUGGAGAAACUUGAUUAUUAUAAACUGCAGAGAAUUGGGUAUUUCUUUGCAAGACAAAAUAUGGAGAGAACUCUAGUUCAGGGGUCUCCAACCUUGGUCCCUUUAAGACUUGUGGACUUCAGCACCCAGAGUUCCUCAGCCAGCUUUGCUUUGCUGGCUGAGGGACUCUGGGAGUUGAAGUCCACAAGUCUUAAAGGGACCAAGGUUGAAGACCCCUGCUCUAGUUAGAAUGUGGCAGAGCUUCAGGGGUUUCAGGGAAUUCACUUUUGCCCCACCUGGAAAAGAUCAUUAGGAUCUUGCUCAUACAUAGUGACUGUAGCCUGUAGACUGGCCAUUCCGUGAAUGAAAGGGUUCCUUUCAUUUAGGAAGACAGCAUAAAUGUCUUUCUGGAGGGAGAACAAGGAGGAGUCAUGGUAUCCUAAACCACCAAUGGUUUGAGUGGCUUAUUGUUGGUUUAUUCAGCCAAUGUAUAUUCUAUUCUGUUUCAGAGGCUUGUAAUCAGAUAGAAUUGUGGUGAGAUCCUUUGAAUGAAAAAAAUAAAAAUAACUCUGUAAAGGGCCUGUUUGUAAAUGUGUUCUUUUAGCUGCAUCAGUUUAAUAAGAGAACUUAUCUCAACUUUAGCAUGUUCAUUGCAAUGUAAAAAAAACCCAGAAUUGGUGCUUGUAUGCAGAGCUGCCACAGAAUCUCCAGGUGCUCAUUAAUGACCUGAGUUAAUGACCUUUAAAUAAGGUAUUGUUUUCUCUCUCCUCUCAGACUUUGCUCCAGAAUAACGCAUUAUGAUGCAGUUACUUAAUUUGCUUCCAUUUUAUAGUUUUAACACUGAUGACUUAGUGUAAACCAAGUAAACACAUUUUGUAUCAAUAUAUGCAGUGUUCCAUGACUAUAUAAAUUAUGCAAACUACUUUUUUUCCUAAAAUUUGCUAUAUUCUGCAGAUUGUAAUGAUGUUGAGCUUUGCCAAAUGCUCAUGCUUUUUGAUUUUCAAAACUCUGAGACUCAUCUACCUCAGUAUAAACAUAUUAUUUUUUGAGCGUUAUAAAAUUUAUUUUUUUUCAAUCAUAUUUAAUAGAAAAAAUAUGCUUAUCUUCUGGUCCUUCUCCUGCCCCCUGCCCAAGAUUGUUCAGGGCACAGUUUCCCAUGACCAAUAUAUUUUUGGCUUAAAGUUCUGGUAUUUUUUAGUUUCUCAAGUACCCGGUAAUAGCAUUUAACUUUCAGAGCCAAGGAGUAGUAGUUGUAAGGAAGUAAUGGUACACUUUACAUUCAGUGGUUCAACAGUUUCAAAGUGGAUUAGUGUUUCCAGAUUGAGAUGGGUGACUUAACUGCAGUGGAAGGCAGAAGAGACAGACUGUAUAAGGAGAAAGCAGUUUCAUAUGUACUGUAUGUUUCUACACACUGUAAAAUUAAGAAUGGUACCAAAUAAAAAAGAAUGUGUAACUACA